AUGGAGAGUUUCGAUUCCGUCCUUAAUCUGACGUCAAAAUCGGCAUCAAAGGAAGAUGUAGAUUUUACCCUACAGAAAGCACGUAUCGAGGAAGCUUUUGAGGAACUUUUGAACGAUUUGGAAGCACUGGAACGAGUAGAAACAUAUCUCAAGAAGCAACCAACGGAUGGAGAGGAUGUAUGGAAGGAGUUACAACAGAUUGCGAUAGUCCCCAACAAUUAUCCAAAAUUCCAACAUUUACUAAAAGAGCUCGACGAAAAGGCAAAAGUAGUGACAGAAUGUUCAACAACCGAUCCAGUAACUCACUUUAUUCGGCAGACGAUCGAACAUGUACGAAUCACUAGCGAACAAUCUCUACUGCGUCCGCCGAGUCCUCCAAUAAUAAUCAAGAACCGUGCCGAGCAUGAAACGUUCCGUUGGGCACGGGUAAUAGCACUUCAGGAAAGUAAAAUAGAGUCACUAACCCGAAAGAUUGAGGAAUACGAACGGAAGAUCCUCGAGCGUAAAGCGCAGCGCCAGCGACUUCAGCAACGCAGCGAGUUGGAAAAGGAAGAACAGCUGAACGCUUCGCAACAUGUUCUGGUGGCGCUGAAGCUGGAAGGCGAUGUAGUUGUUCAGCGACUGCAGGAGCAACUUGCCGUCCAGCCCCACGUUGAGACCGCACCGGAAUAUCUGUCCCAGCUCGAUCAGCAGGAGACAAAGCGGAAGCGUAUCGCCAAGAUGGAAGUCCAACUGCAGCUUUGGGUGAAGAAGUACGAUAAGUUCAUUGGGGAACCAAUGGUGGCUUUGCGGGAGCUGGAGGAUCGAAUGGCUGGUCUUGAUGAGUGGAGGGACACAGUAUUCCGUCCCCAGGAAGAUCGAUUACGUCAACUGCAGGAACAGAUUGGUGCAUUCGAGGCGAUCGCGCUGGAAGAGAAAAUUGAGGAAAUGCGUAAGCUGCACGCAGUGCGAGUGCUGCAGCGUGCUUGGAAGCGAACAUUGGAAAUAAAGCCAACGAAGAAGAAGGGUAAAAAAGGGAAAAAAGGAAAGAAGUGA